AUGUUUCCUUUACAACAAAGCGAUGAGCUGUUUUUUCAGAUCCCUUCUACUGAUCAUGGCCAACAACCCAAAAUCCGACAAGAUCUUAUCCUGAGUCAUCAUGCUUCACUGGAGGUGGAGAGCAACAACCUUAACACGUAUAACGUGGAAGGAAGGAAGAAAAAAAUAUCAGAUUUAAAAAGCAACGGUGAUGAGAGUACUAAUGAUGGCAAGAGGAAAAGAUUAAUUAUGCAUAGAGAGAUCGAACGACAGAGAAGACAGGGAAUGACUGGCCUUUAUGCUUCUCUUCGUUCACUACUCCCUCUCGAGUACAUCAAGGGAAAGCGUUCUACAGCAGAUCACGUACACGAAACUGUAAAUUAUAUUGAACACCUGCAGAGGAAAAACAAGGAACUGUGUAUCAAAAGAGACAAGCUAAAGAAGAUGUCCAAUACAAGUGAUCUUGGUCCUAAAAACAGAAGCUCAAAUUGUUCUUUCCCUGUAUUGCUCACGGUAAGCCUAUGCAGGUUUGGGGUGGAGAUUUUAAUCAGCUGCGGUUUCAAAGAGGAAGGUUUCCUCCUCUCAAGAGUGUUGGGAGUACUAGUUGAAGAAGGGUAUAACGUUGUCAGUUGUAUUUCCAACAAAGCAGAUGAAAAGUUUUUUUACACAAUUCAGUCCGAGGUCAGUGAUCCGGCUGGUAUUGAUCUUUCUGCCCUAAAACAAAAAUUGAUCGCCCUGAUUCAUAAUGAGUGA